GUGUGCUGGUGAAAGUGGAGCAGGGCAUCUGGAACUCUCUGGUCUCCUUAGACUUACUCAGGAGGAAUGACUCUUCUACCUACAAGCGUCCCAGACUUCAGCACCACAGCUUUAUAUGGAGACCAAAACAACACCAAUGGCACUGGGUGUCCUGAGCAGGAUGACUGGCAGUGGCUCAACACCAGUCAGCCAGUGUAUAUCCUGCUCAUCUCUGUGCUGGGAAUUGUGUUUAAUAUGUUUGUCCUGAUGGUAUUCUGUCUCCACAAGAAGCCCUGCACCGUAGCCGAGAUCUACUUGAGCAACUUGGCUGCUGCCGACCUCGUCCUGGUGUCCUGUUUGCCAUUCUGGGCUGUCAACAUAUCCAACGGUUUCAACUGGCCCUUUGGUCAGUUCCUGUGCAAACUCAUCAACCUGGGCAUUAAGAUGAACGUCUACUGCAGCCUCUACUUUCUCAUUCUGAUCAGCAUAGAUCGCUAUGUGGCACUGGUACAUACAAUGUCCCAUGGCAGAAUGCGUAGGCCGAAGUAUGCCAAACUGGGCUGUCUGCUGAUGUGGGGUUUCGGUUUGCUCCUGAGUGUCCCCACACUCGUCUACCGGGAGGUGAAAUAUUUCCCUGAGUACAAUGUUCACGCAUGCUUUCUGAACUACCCAAGCCACGUCAUAGAGCUGCUCUUUGAUGGGCUGUUGAUCAUUUUCAGCUUCAUCAUCCCCAUUUCGAUUAUCUCAUUCUGCACUAUCAAAAUUAUCCAGGCUUUGAAAAUCCAGGCAUUAGAGAGGUUCAGUGCUGAGAAAACAGAACAGAGGGCCACCACUCUGAUGUUGGCCGUUCUGUUGGCCUUCCUUAUCUGCUGGUUACCAUUCCACGUUGUCACCACACUGGACGUGCUCCUACGAGCAGAAGUCCUCGGAGGGUGUCAAUUAUCAGCCGUCCUAGAAAUCUGCAACCAGAUCUUCACCUACCUGGCCUUCUUCAACAGUGUUCUCAACCCCAUCCUGUACGUCAUCGUAGGAAAGAACUUCAGGAAAAAAGUCCGGGAAGUCUUCCAGCAGUGGAGCGUUAAGAGAAGAGCAACGCUGGAUUCCACACGCUCACACCUGUCCUCCACUCUAAAGACUGUAGUAUAAAAUACUGCUAUCAUUUUCAGACUGUGGUCAAGUCAUUUAGUAAUCUUGUGCCAAUGUAAAUGAUUAGAAUGAUUAGAUUUGCAGUGUAUGUAAUUGUAUAGUAAUUGGACCAAAUCACCCUUCCUCAAAAUCAAUCUGAUGAGAUGUCUUCUCAAAAAGAUAAACUCUAGCUUCAUUUAUUUUUGGGAAAUUUAAGGGUCAUAUAGGGCUGUAAUGUUCCCUCCUAGCUAAGGUGUUACAGAUAGAAUAACAUUUUAGCUGUCUCAACUAUUCUAAAUGAUAUCACUUAGCAUAAGCUGAAAAAACCUAACCACAAUUUUAUAACAUUACCACAACAAACUACGGCUGGUCUCUUGUUACAAACAUUGUCAAACAUCAGUAUCUUGAAUGUACAGGUUUAAUGUAAAUCUGCAUGGUUUCUGUAAAAUAAUGUAAAUACAAUUUUCAUAUUCUCUCUUGUAUUUCUGAUAAGUCAGGUUGUAAAUAGUACAAAUAUACGUUUCCUUCUGAACAUUGAAAAUUCAAAUAAAAUAUACAUAUGGUUUUA